GGGUACAUGAAGGUGAGAUAUGAGAGAGAAUAUGGGUUACUUCUUCAUCUUCUUCCCAUGACACUCUAGGGUUUUUUUUUUCUAACUUUUUUUCUUCAAUAACAAUUCUCUAUCUAGAAUCAUAGAUCAUGUUUCAAUAUUCUCAAAAUACCCUUAAAAAAGUAUUGAUUUUUUUUCAUCAUGAGCUAGUUUAAUAUAUAUGGCUCUUGAGCUCAAAUUACUAAUUUUAUUAGCUUUGUGAAUUAGAUAUUGAUUUUUUUUUUUAGGAUUUAGACAUAGCUUUCAUUAUGUGAUCCAAAAAGAGUCACAUAGCUACAAAAACAAUAGUUUCAAUUCAUCAUGGGAAGCUUUAGUGAUGAGAAAAAUCAUGAGUGUACUCUCAUCAAAGCAAGGCCUAAUUAUUGUGGGUCAAAAAAUGGUGAAGAAGAUGAAAGUGAAGAUAACAAGAAAGGAGGGAUAAGCUCGAGCAAUAGCACGGUUGAAGAAAACGAGAAAAAAGCAUCUGUGAGACCUUACGUUCGGUCAAAGCUCCCGAGGCUGAGGUGGACUCCAGACCUUCAUCUGAGAUUCGUCCAAGCGGUCGAGAGGCUCGGAGGGCAAGAGAGAGCAACACCAAAACUAGUGCUGCAGUUAAUGAACAUUAAGGGACUGAAUAUUGCUCAUGUCAAGAGCCAUUUGCAGAUGUACAGGAGCAAGAAGAUGGAUGAAUCUAACCAUGGGCUGAUGAGAGACCACAGGCUUAUCGUGGAAGGCACCGUAGCCGAUCGAAACAUAUAUAACCUUAGCCAACUUCCUCUUCUUCCAAGCUUUAAUCAAAGACAAAGCUCCAAUAAUCCAAGGUAUGGAGAUGCUUCAUGGCACGGACAAUGGUCGAACGACUCGAAUUUAGGGCAAAAUACGAGCAACAAUAACAAGAUAACACGACCGAGAUUUUACAAUGCGCUAGCCGAGAAGAUAUUGGGUAGCCAUUACUUCAUGCCAUCGGCAAAUUACGAUCUUGACCUUAGCUCCGAAAUGCCUCCGACCAACGGAAUCUCCACUUGGCGAAAAACUGGGCAGCGCUCGAAAGAAGAAGAGUACCAAAAUCGGCAUUGUCUUGGUCAACUUCCAAAAAACAAAGAAGUCACCGCAAGUAAAACGAGAGAGAAUAAUGGUCUCAAAAGGAAACUAGGCUCGGACAAAUCAUAUGAUCUCGACUUGAAUUUAUCGAUCGGCCGGUUUGAAUUGAGAAACCGAGGGGAGCAAGGCAUUGAGAUAUUGGAUAAUAAUGAUGAUGGUGAUGAUGAUGAAGAACAACUUGAACUCUCACUGUAUAAGUAUUCUUCUAGCGAAUACGAGUCGAGCUUUACGAAACUAAUUGCUAAGAAGAAGAUGAACGGUGACUCGUUAAUUGACGAGAACACGAAAGGGACGAGUACUCUGGAUCUGACUCUAUGA